UGGCCGGGACCCUGGACUGUGCUUCUGCUGCCAUGACCUGGUGCCGCCGCCGGACCCAGGAGUAGUGACCCCGGCGACGCUCUCGCUCUGGCCGCACCCUCCCGGCCCGGCAUGGCUUCAGACCUCAACUCCCUCCUGACCUCUGUGCCGCCGGCUCCCAACCCGCUGCCGGUCAGCUCGGCCCCUCAGUGGGCCCCCGUGCUGGACUUCCACACGGCGGCCUCACCCUACUCCUCGCUGGGCGCCACGCACUCCUUCAUCAAGCAGGAGCCCGGCUGGGGGGCCUCGGCGGACCCCCACCACCUGGACACGGACCCCCACUGCGGCCUGAGCGCUUUCACCGUGCACUUCUCCGGGCAGUUCACCGGGACCGGGGCCUGCCGGUACGGGGCGGCCUUUGGACCCCCGCCGCCCGCCAGCCAGCCGCCGCCGGGCGGCGCCCCGCACCACCACCAGCCCCCCGCCAGGAUGUUCGGCGGCCCGCCGUACCUGACCAACUGCGUGGACGCGGCGCCCGCGGCCCGGAACCAGACAGGUUACGGGCCCAUGGCGUUUGACGGCGGCGCCGGCGGCUACGCUCACCCUCCGUCUCACCACGGCUCUCAGUUCUCCAGUCACUCCUUCAAACAGGAGGAGGCGCUGUGUCAGCAGGGCGCCAUGGGGGAGCAGCAGUAUCCGGUGCCUCCUCCUGUCUACAGCUGCCACACGCCCUCGGACCUGCUGAGGAACCCUUACAACAGCCACGCGGCGGCGGCGGCGAGCUACGACGGCGAGCCCAGCGCGCCCAUGGUCUACAGCUGCAGCACGCAGUACCGCAUCCACACGCACGGGGUCUUCAGAGGGAUCCAGGACGUGCGGCGGGUGCCCGGCGUGGCUCCGGCGCUGGUGCGCUCGGACGGCGGCGAGAAGCGUCCCUUCAUGUGCGCUCACCCCGGCUGCAACAAGCGCUACUUCAAGCUCUCCCAGCUGCAGCUGCACAGCCGCAAACACACAGGAGAGAAGCCGCACCAGUGCGACUACGCCGACUGCGGCCGGCGCUUCUCCCGCUCGGACCAGCUGAAGCGACACCAGAGGAGACACACAGGUUUGACGCCGGCCGCGCAGCAGCCCAGGACGACCUCUGCUCCACUGUGCUCUGCUCUCUCCCUCUGCCUGUCUGUCUGUGUGUGCGUGCGUGCGUGCGUGCGCUCCGCGCUUGUGCAGGUGUCAAACCCUUCCAGUGCGAGACGUGUCAGAGACAGUUCUCUCGGUCUGACCACCUUAAGACUCACACCCGGACUCAUACAGGUAAAACAAGUGAGAAGCCCUUCACCUGCCGCUGGCCCAGCUGCCAGAAGCGCUUCGCCCGCAGCGACGAGCUGGUGCGCCACCACAACAUGCACCAGAGGAACCUGAGCAAGCUGCAGCUGGCCCUCUGAGCCGGGGCCCGACCUCUGACCUGGUUCGUCCUGGGGGGAGGAGCCUCUGCUGUCCCCGCCCACUCGCCGGCCUCAGGUGUACAUAGCUCCAGCUCUUAUUUAUUUGGCCGAGCUUCUGACCGGCGCCGCCUCCUGCGUGUGGUCCUCACAUGUGCUCUGCAGAUGUACAUACUGCUUGGUUGCCGCGGCGACGCUCCUGUAACUUACGCUGGAUG